UUUCCUCCCUCCCUCCCUCCUCCCUUUAAUUCUGCAUUCAGUACACUGAGCAGUGUGAGGAGGUGGAAGCACAGGCUGUGGCUUUGUCAUGUCUCUGCAUGGAUAAACUGCCGCUGCUGUUGCUGGAUCUUUGCAUUGCAGUGCUUGCAGCCCUCCCUUCCCAUCAAUGAUGUGAGAUCAAGUGUCCGCACUUAGCAGAUUUUUUUUUUUUGUUAAUUUUUAUUUUCUUUGAGGCUUUGGAUUCACGUUGUGGUGGAGGUGGGGGGCGCAUCUCACCGCUUUACUGUUGGGGGAACCGUGCUGGCUGCUUGCACAUCUGUGGAUUUGUUGUAUUUUUCCGCUGUAGCAGGGACCCGGAGCGAGGGUCCUUAGCGGCAACCUGUCUGUGGAUCGCUUGGAGAGAAUCUUAAGCAUCAUCUUCCUCAUCCUUCAUUUAGAGGGAUUGCCAUGGCUACAAGUACCACGGGCUCCACACUGCUGCUUCCCCUCAGCCAUGCAGUGCAAUUGCCUGUAGACCAGGUCAACUUUGUAGCGUGCCAACUAUUUGCCUUGCUUGCUGCUAUCUGGUUUCGUACCUACCUACAUUCAAGCAAAACUAGUUCUUUAAUCAGACAUGUAGUUGCAACCCUUCUGGGCCUGUAUCUUGCACUUUUUUGCUUUGGAUGGUAUGCCUUACAUUUUAUUGUGCAAAGCAGUAUCUCCUAUCUCAUCAUGAUCACGGUAGGCAUGGAACAUAUGCACAAAUACUGCUUUGUGUUUGCUUUGGGAUACCUCACCUUGUGCCAAAUAGCAAGAGUUUAUAUUUUUGAUUACGGGCAGUAUUCUGCAGAUUUUUCUGGGCCAAUGAUGAUUAUUACACAGAAAAUAACAAGCUUGGCUUUUGAAAUAAGAGAUGGAAUAUUUUGUAAAGAAGAGACACUGAAACCAUCUCAAAGAAGGCUGGCUGUUAGGCACAUGCCAAGUCUGCUGGAAUAUUUAAGUUACUGCUGUAAUUUCCUGGGCAUCCUGGCAGGCCCAUUAUGCUCUUAUAAAGACUAUAUUACUUUCAUUGAAGGCACAUCAUAUCAUCUGAAAGAGGCGGAGGUCAAUGGGAAAGAUGACAUAAAAUAUGAACAGAAAGAACCAUCUCCCAAUACAGUUGUCGUGCACAAGGUUGUGGUUUGUGCAGUCUCAUUGGCGUUUUACAUGACUGCCACACGGAUAUUACCAGUCGAAUACAAUAUCGAUGAACACUUUGUAAAGACCUCAUCAGUGCCCACAAAAGUAAUAUAUCUCUACCUAUCCCUAAUGGCUGCAAGACCAAAGUAUUACUUUGCCUGGACCCUUGCCGACGCAAUCAAUAAUGCUGCAGGAUUUGGUUUCCAGGGCUAUGACAAAAAUGGAGAAGAAAACUGGGAUCUAGUUUCAAAUCUAAACAUCAAAAAUAUAGAGUUUUCAACAAGCUUUAAGAUGUUUAUUGAUAACUGGAACAUACAGACUGCGCUGUGGCUCAAGAGAGUAAGUUAUGAACGAGCCACCUACAGCCCUACAGCUCAAACCUUUCUACUGUCAGCUAUUUGGCACGGCGUAUAUCCAGGGUAUUACAUGACCUUCUUCACUGGCAGUUUGAUGACACUAGCAGCCCGAAAUAUUAGAAACAAUGUUCGGCACCAUUUUCUACGUUCUCCUGAACUCAAGUUUAUAUACGAUGUCAUGACGUGGAUGGCAACACAAGUAGCAAUCAGCUAUACUGUGGCACCAUUUGUGCUCUUAUCAGUAAAACCUUCUCUACAGUUUUACAGCUCCUGGUCCUACUUCCUCCACUUUGUCUGCAUAUUGGUGCUGCUGACUAUGCCAGCCCGUGCCCGUAAAAAAAGAAGCACGGAAAAGGAAUCCAUUGCUCCACUUCUGGAGAAAACGAACAAUGAAGAACCUGUUCCCGAACAGAACAGCCAUGCCACCACAAACAACAACAGCAGUCAGCGAGAAGAGACAGCCUGGAGACGCCCCAGUGCUCCCCAAUGACUGCCACAUGACAUUUUGUAUGUUUUUAAAAUUCCAUUUUUAGAACCUCUGACUGGUUUGUGAAUUGUGCACAGGAGAAGAUGGUAUUACAAAACAUUCUGUGUGAGGAUAGCACUGCAAGGGAAGCUCGAUAACCCCACAAUGCCAUGCCAUGUGGGCCUAGCCUUACAAUAUUUCCAUUAUUUUAUAAUGGGCACUCAGGACUUGUAACAUACGCUCCUAGGACCAUGUUACGUGUGUAUUCCUUUAAUGAACGUAUGACGUCUCCAGGCAUUGCAGGGGUUACACAAUUUGGGCACAAAAUGUAGAGAUCCAGAAAAAUCUUUCAGGACCCUUUUGCCUUAAUCCCUCUCUCUACUGAAUGAAAUUACUGACUUGUUGUGGGCAUAAGUAAUCUUUCUACUAAUGGUGCUGCCAAGAAGGGUAGCAUAUCCAAUGAGGAAGCAGUAUUUUGAAUAGUUCUAAUGAAUCGUAGGCAGAGCUUGUUUAAACAAGAUUGUUAAUAAGACAGACCACCCUGAGUUCAUUCAAUCAGAUU